AUGCGCUCCGAAGAUCAAGCGUUACGCAUUCAUACGCAGCUUCUUAUUCCCGGUCGAGGACCACCGAUAGCGAACGCAGCAGUGGUGAUCCAAGCAGGCCGGUUUCUCUAUGUCGGCAAACAACAAGCGGUCCCGGGCGCUUUCCAGGACAUUCAACCCCAGUUCGUCCCUGUUCUGAUGCCAGGCAUGUGGGACUGCCACACCCAUUUUGCAGGCGUCACGCAAGUCACCUUCGCAGACAUGAUCGCCACACACCCCGCCACCUGCGGCGCGAACAACGCCCGCAGCUUCUCCGACACGCUUAUGGCCGGGUUCACCAGCGUCCGCGAUUGCGGUUCCUUUGCAAUCGAGAGCGCGAAAGCGAUCGAAGAUGGCUCUAUCCUGGGCCCCCAUGUGUACGGCGCAGGGGCUGCCAUCGGGCAGACAGGCGGAAGUUGCGACGCGCUCGAUCUUCCGGCUGAUUGGGUAUACGGUCGCCAGGGCGUGUCCCAGGGGGUUCCUUUUCCCGGGAUCAACGCACUGGUCAUUGCGGACGGCGUCGACGAGUGCCGACGUGCAGUGCGGCUCCAGAUUCGACGCGGCGCGGCAUGCAUCAAAAUCAUUGCCACGGGCGGGGUGAUGAGCGACGGGGACGACCCCAAAUACCGGCAGUUCUGCGACGAGGAGCUCAAAACGCUGGUUGAGGAAGCGAGUCUAGCAGGGCGCGUCGUCGCCGCGCAUGCGCACGGCAAACCCGGAAUUAUUGCUGCGGUGAAAGCUGGGUGUGCGACGAUCGAGCACGGGACGUUUAUCGACGAGGAGUGUGCGCAGCUCAUGAGGAAGAAGGGCACGAUGCUCGUCGCAACCCGACUGGUCAUUGAGAACGGGCUCAAGAAUCUUAGCAAAUUGCGUCCGGCCACGCGAGUCAAGAUGCAACGGGUUGACCGGGCCCAUAUGGAAGCCUACCGACUUGCUGUGCGUUCCGGGGUCAAGAUUGCUCUGGGGACUGACCUGGCCUCAUCGGACCCUUCUCAUUUCAACGCCCACGGGAAGAAUGGCCAGGAGGUCGUGCUUGCUGUGACGUGUGCUGGAAUGGCACCGCUUGCUGCUAUUGAGGCGGCUACGGCCAAUGGACCAGAGACAUUAGGCUCGCAGGCGCCGCGCAGUGGUCAAAUCGCGGUUGGGUAUGAUGCGGAUAUGUUGGGUCUCGACGAGAACCCUAUCGAGAACAUCCACCUUCUCGCUGAUCCUGAACAGAUUCGAUAUAUCUGGAAGCUUGGUCAGCUGGUCAAGGCACCUGGGAGGGCAAAACUUUCCCGGUAUCAGGUCUAUUGA